GCCAUCCCUGUCCCACGACCACGUACACGGUACACACACCGCCGCCUGGCCCUGGGCCUCCCCGCCGGUCGCCUCACUCCCCGCCGGGCUCCCCCCACCGUUUUGGCCUCAAACUCGCGCACCUCCGCUCCCGGAAUCCCAGCAUCCCACCGGAGAAAAGGAACGAGAAGGGAGAAAAGAGAUGGGAAGAGACGGGAAGGAGACCAGGCGCCGCAGCCGCAAGAGAUCCCGCGACGCCUCCCCCUCCUCGGACUUCGACUCCUCCGAUUCGCCUUCCUCCGCUUCCUCCCCGAGCAGCAGCCCCGAGCGCCGCAGCCGAAGCAGCAAGCGGAAGAGGUCCUCCUCCUCAUCGUCGCACCGCCACCGCCACAGCCGCAAGAGCAGCGGCCGUUCGCGGAGCUCCCGCGACGAGGAGCGCAGGCGGCGGCGUCGGAGAAGGCGGGACGAGGAGCGUAGGCGGCGCGGGGGCGAUGAGGGGUCCUCCGGCUCGGGCUCCGAGGAGGAGGAGGAUAGGGCGGCGGCCGCGGAGGAGGCGCGGGAGAUCGUCCGUGAUAUCCUCGGGGAAUUUCCCGCCGUCGCCGGAGAGCUCCGUCAGCUUCUCCAAAUGAUAGACAGUGGUGAAGGCAUUGAUAUUUCUGGAAUCUCUGACAAGCCAUUGGUGAAGUGCUUGAAGAAACUUUUCAGAUCUCUGAGACUGAAAGAAAGUGCAAGUGGGGCUUACUUGCUGCCCCCAAAAAAUGUUCCUACACUUGAUAUUGUUGGACCAUUAUUGUUAGCAAGUUCUAAACUUACAGACGACAAAAAUGGGAAGUCAGUAUCACCUAAUAGAGAAGAAUUACCAUCAUCUAACUUUGACGUGCAAAAUAAAGAUAAAGAUGAUAGUAUGGCUGCAGGGCUGAAAAUUGUUGGGGUAGAAGAGGAACCUCCUAAAAGAAGGAUAAUUGGCCCUGCAAUGCCAUCUCGUGAAUUACUGGCUGCAGCAGCUGAAAUGACAGAGGCUCUUAGGUGCCGGGAUGCUGAACUGGAAGCUGAUGAUGAUUUGCUCAUAGGGCCCCCACCACCUGCAGUAGUUGCAGAAGCUGCAUCUGCAAAUGAAGCUGAGCGAUUUGAAGAGGUUACUCGAAUAUUGGCAGCUGAUACAAAUUCACCAUAUGAUGUUCUGGGGGUAAAUUGGAAGAUGUCAACUGAUAACAUGAAGAAAAGGUAUUGGAAGUUGUCUCUUUUAGUGCACCCAGACAAAUGUCCUCAUCCUUCAGCACAAGAGGCGUUUGUGAAAUUGAACAAUGCCUUCAAAGACUUACAGGACCCUGAUAAGAGAGGUGCAAUAGAUGAGAAGAUAAAGAAGAAAGAUGAGAUGGAACAAUUUGAGAUUGAGCUUAAAGCAAUGCGUGAGGCUGCCGAAUGGAGACGAUUACAAGGUAUAUCACUUGCUGGUGAUGAGGAACUUUUAGCAGGUCCUAAAGAGGCACAGGCACCUAAGAGAGAUGAAUGGAUGACCACGUUGCCACCUGAGAGAAAAGCAGGAAUGCCUAUGCACUCUACUACAUCAUUUAGUAUGAAUGGUAAAGAAGGACGAGGAGACACAAGUGUCUGGACUGAUACUCCUCUUGAUAGAGCACAGAAAGCACAACAAAGCUAUUUAGAAGCCUACAAUAAAACAAAGGCCAUUGCAGAAGGAGAUGAUGUAAAGAGCAAAAACUUGGAUGCUUCAAUCGUAGAUAAAUACAAUACCUCCAAAAGAUCAGUGUCUCUUGUGCAGAAGCACCGAGAUAGCAAAAAGGAGAAAAAGAAACAAAAGCAGCACGAGAAAGAAGAAUGGGAGGGAAACCACCCUUGGAAGCCAUGGGACCGUGAGAAGGAUCUCUCUGCUGGGAGGCAAAAGGUUGCGUUAGAUCCGGAGAACAUGUCACAAGGACUGUCUUCCCGUUUUGCAUCUGGGGCAGUGCAGAGGAACUUCCUCUGAGUAUGAUCGGAUAGGUUACUUGUGUUCUUGUCGUGAGCUUCCAAAAAGUUCCAGAGAUAAAACCAUUAUCGCCAGGAUAGGUUAUGUUAAGGGCGGUCAUGUGGUAAGUUGGUGCUUGAAAUGUAUUGUUCACAUGCUCAAUUCCCACUGAUAAAAUGAGUAGUUACGGAUCCGUUUAGAACUGUAUAUCAACUCUUCCGGAGGUCUUUAAAUUAAUUAUAGCUAAUCUUUACUGAAA